UCAAGCUUCUGCUAAUAAAAAGUUCGAAAUACCUAUGUUAAUAUAAUUAUAAUGAUAAAUGAGAAACUCAUUACUCUGCACAGUUGAAAGAAAAAUAAAAUUUCUUUUUGUUUUUCAUCAAGGAGUGGAAAUGCCUGGUCUCCAGCCAAGAAAAAUAAAAUGUCGUCAUCCACUGAUGCACACAUUUUACAGUCAGCAUUCCUCAGUUAGUUUGGAUGAAAGGGGAGCCUGAUGUGCUAGGAAUGAAAGCAAUUAAUUAUGUUUUAAUUCAGGAUUUAGAAGUCCAGUCCUAUGAAGGCAUUUUGCAUAAAACAAAUUUGUUGUUGGUAGCUCUAAAAGACAGAUAGUUGUAGUUCAAAUCAGGCAGGACAUCUAAUGUUUAUUAUUAGGACAUCAUUUCCUUCACAGAUUAUCAAGAGUUUUAAUUAAACUAGUUAAAUUAGUUUAACACUUGAUUUUGUCAUUUGUCUUGAGAAAUGCUAUAAAAGAUACUGUAAAGAUAAAUGUUUCCUAGUACAAAGAAACAGUUGAACUGAUUACCAGACACCUAAACAAUGUAAAUUUAAGUUUAUUAUUUUGAUAAUGUUAUACAUUUACUGAAAACAAAACUGAUAUAUUGAGGAAUGAAACACUGGACUCAGUUUCAUUAGCAGCUACACUGUUUAGGACAGACUUUAUCAACCAGAGGAGGUAAAGAAAGCUUUCAGCAUAGUUCUGCUGAACAAAAAACGCUUCAGUGAAAUCAUGUGACCAGAGUUUCCUCCCCUUCUUGUAGAAUAUAAAACUCUGAAUGCUGACUUCUCUUUACUCUUCUUGCUUUCAUAGCCUCACUGAGCAUCGUAAAGAGCAGCAGUGUGGUUGUCUGCACAGUCAUAAAAACCUGUUUCAACCUCACAGGAGUUAUCUUCAACACUUCAUCAUCAUGCAAAGAAUGAAUACAUCAUCUAAAUUCAAGGACAUCAUCUCAAAAUGUCUCCUGAUCCAGUCAGGAUCCCCAUCCGUUUUCCAACUAAACACAAAAAAAGAGGACUUUGGACCUCUGACUAAGAUAACUCUCGGAAAGAAAAAUUUGAACAAGGCCAACAGAACAGUGCUGCUGGUUGGUGAAACAGGAGCAGGAAAGUCUACUGUCAUCAAUGCUCUGGUCAACCACACCAUGGGAGUGAAGUUUGAGGAUGAGGUCUGGUUUAAGAUUGUAGAAGAUGAGAAGAGAGGGCAGACUGAAAGCCAGACAUCAGAUGUGAUGGUUUACGAGAUCUUUGGGUUUGAAGAUCAAACUCUGCCAUUCUCUUUGACCAUCAUUGAUACGCCUGGAUUUGGAGACACCAGAGGGAUUGAAAAAGAUUUUAUUGUCAGUCAAAGAUUGUUUGACUUGUUUCGAUCAGAUGAGGGAAUUCAGGAGAUUCACGCUGUAGGUCUGGUGGUGAAGGCCACAGAUAAUCGAGUGAAUGAUCGCCUUUCAUACGUCUUCAAUUCAGUCAUGUCUCUGUUUGGGAAAAACCUGGAGAAAAGCAUUGUGGCUCUCAUAACUCACUCAGAUGGAAGACAACCUAAAAAUGUUAUUCAAGCUCUUGAAGCUACAAAAAUAAGAUGUGCCAAAAAUGAAAAUAAGCAACCUAUUUAUUUUCUUUUUGAUAACUCCCAAAGUGAUGACCGAUCAGAGGACACUGAAUUUCUAAAAAUUGCUACUGAAAUUUCAGAGAGAGGAUUGAGAACCUUUACAGCCUUCUUGGAGAAGAAAACAGCCCAAAAACUGAUAAUGACUACAGAUGUCCUGAAUCAACGCAUCAGCCUGACAGCCUGUAUCCAAAACCUGCAGGAGAGAAUCCUACUAAUAGAGCAGAGACAAGAGGAACUCAAGCAAACUCAUGAUGCGCUCGUCAAACAAGUAGAAGACAUGAAUAAAUCAGAGACGUUCACUGUUGAAGUCGAUGUUGUUUUCAAAGAAAAGGAGCCUCUGAAAAGCCAAAAACUUUUUUUCAGGCAAAAUAUUUUUGAGAAAGCAAUGGUCUGCACCAUCUGUAAGGAGAACUGCCACUAUCCUGGCUGUACACUUGUUCGCAGUCCCCAACAUUGUGAGGUCAUUAGAAAAGGGCAUUGCACUGUCUGUACUGGUAAAUGUCCUGCAUCAGCUCAUGUGAAGGAAAACUGGAGAUAUGUCACUAAGACCAAGAAGGUUAAGAAGACUGUAGGAGUUCAAAAAGACAUAAAGAGAGAGAAGGGUGAUGUUGAGAAAAACUUUAAUGUUGUAAAAGGUCUUGUAAAUGAAAUACAGAAACUGAGAUCAGAGAAGUUCCAGCUCAUCAAUGAAGCGUACCAACAUGUUAUCACACUGGAGGAGAUUGCCCUCAAAGUUAAUGCUGGGGCCACUUUAGUUCACUUGGAUUUCUUGAUUGCGAAGAUGAAGGAAAUAGGAGACACUAAGAAAGUUCAGAAACUGGAAGAGAUGAGAACCCAAAUGGAUGAAGGGACCAAAUUAGCACUGCAGUACUUGUGGGGCAGAGUAACAACCGUGUAAAAAAGGGAAGAAUCAACAGUCACAACAAAUCUGUGACAAGUUUAACAAGAAAGUCUCAUUAGGUGCAUGACUCUGAAAAGGUUGUACUUCAUGAAACAUUGAUAUAAAACUUUGAUUAGGUUUUUAAUAAAGGAAUUUACCAAAGUAUUUUGAUGAAGGGAAAAUGAUUUAAUUAUUUAAGAUAAUAAAUUGCAUCUUUUGUUCAACUACUAUUUUUUAAUCUUUGUGGUAAUGUAACUUGAGAAUAUGAUGUACAAUAUCAGAGAAAACAGAGUAAUUAACCAGAGACUGCAUCUCUUGCUUCUUGUAACGAGAAACAAGAGUAACAAGGAGCAAACCAACAAAUAUUUUAUGACAAAAAUGAUGUAUCAUUAUAAUGAUGAACUCCAAUUAAUAGACUGCAAACUUGAUAAAUUAGUAGUAUGUUGGGAACUGUUACUUUUACAAUCUUUUCCACGAUUCCAAUAGUUUGAAUAAAUGUUAAAAUAUUCAGAAAUAUGAUUAUGUGCAGCUAUGUUCAACAGUAAUUACACCACUCAUUGUAACCGGUGUAUUGUAUUUAACAACGGGUAGGUUAGUGUUGGUAUGAUUCUGACUGUAAAACAAUCUAUUGGAAAAAUACUUAGAUUUAAAUGUUUUGAUACCAUUUUGAUGCCACAAAAUAUUGAUACAAUUUGAAACAUAUAUCAAAAAGAAAUAUUGAAAAUUGUUUUUGUUUUACCUCCUUCUUCUUAAGUAUUUUCUUGAACUAAACUGAAUUAGUUCAGUUGAAAUUCAGAUGUUCUCCAACACAAUUUGCCUUAAAAGUACAUUUUGACAAUGCAGUUUUGACUUGUAUAAUACAUUACUUUUAGCUGUAAAAUAGACUUGAAAUGCUGUCUAAGUUUAGCUCAAUACUUUUGGACCAUUAAUAGUUUCUUUAUUUCCUUUGUGAUAUAAUCAGAAAUGAAGUUGUGACUAACUAUGACUGUAUAUAUCCUGAGACACUCCAGUUAAUGUUCUGCAUAAAAUUAUUGGUCUUCUGUGAAUUAAAUAUUUGAUAAAAUCAGUA